AUGAAGAAAUACUCUAUGUGUAGAGUGUUUGUUUUAGCAAUAGUUGUAGUGCUUCUGAGAGUUCACAUGGGAAACGCAUUAACUUGUAGUCCUGUAGAGUUCAGCUCUUGUUUAGGAUCAAUCACAAGUUCAUCUCCACCUUCAACUCUUUGUUGCCAAAAAGCAAGACAGCAAAGGCCAUGCCUUUGUGGUUAUCUCAAGAACCCAAGUCUCAAACAGUAUGUUUACUCUCCUGGUGCCAGAAGGGUCGCUAUAUCUUGUGGGGUUCCCUUUCCAACUUGUUAG